UAUAUUCCAAUCAUAAAAAUAAAAUGAAGAUAUCAGCAUCCAUGAAGCUCUCUCUUUUGUUGGCUUCUUUUCUCAUCGUUACUUCUUGUGUUAAGAAAGGAAUGGUGGAAGCUGGUCGGGAACGAGGCAUCAUUAUACAAGAACCCGACCCUGAAAUACCUGUGCGACCUCCACGUCCUAGUCCGACUUCGAUAACUGGAGGCCAACGAAGCAUCAUGAUACAAGAACCUGACCCUGAAAUUCCUGUGCGACCUCCACGUCCCAGUCCAACUUUGGCAAUUCAAGGGAGAGGCAUCGUGAUACAAGAACCUGACCCUGAAAUACCUGUGCGACCUCCACGUCCCGGUCCAACUUUGGCAAGUCAAGUGAGCCGAGGUAUCGUGAUACAAGAACCCGACCCUGAAAUACCUGUGCGACCUCCACGUCCCAGUCCAACUUCGGCAACUCAAGGACGCCGAGAGAUCGUCAUUCAAGAACCUGACCCUGAAAUACCUGUACGACCUCCACGUCCUAGUCCAACUUUGGCGACAGGAGGACAUCGAGGCAAUCUGGUACUUGAACCUGGUCCUGAACUACCUCCACGUUCUGGUCCAACUCCGCCAACUGGGGAGAAACAAGGGAUCGUGAUACAAGAACCUGACCCUGAAAUACCCGUACGACCUCCACGUCCCAGUCCAACGUUGACAACUGAAGGACGACGAGGCGUCGUGAUAUAAGAACUAGAUCUUGAACCUCCACGUCUUGCUCCAACUCUAAUAACCAAGAGCUAAUAAGACAUCGUGGUGAUACAAAAACCUGACCCUGAACCUCCGCGUUCCAGUGAAGCGAUGGAAUAAAAUAAUUUGAGUUUUUAUUCUAUCUCUUUAUCGAUGUUUUGCAUUUGGCCGGUAGUUUGGUGUUAGAAUGGUCCCCUUUCGCAUUUAACCUAGUAACAAAUGUUAUCAAAGCCGGACAGACCAACCGGUUCGCUCGGUUGAACCGGCAACCUUUUCGGAGCAAUCUCAAAGCAAGAUAGAUAGUACCCAAGUAAAUUCUUUGAGUGAUAUGGCUAAUAAUCCAUUCCACUCGGGGACAAAUUUAUUGGAUAUCCACAAACUAAAGAUUGAAAUUCAUG